AUGGGCCCCUGUACCGCCUCCCCAUGCUGCUGCCAGGCCCGUAAUCUGCCAUGGGCCCCCGUACCGACUCCUCAUGCUGCUGCCAGGCCCGUAAUCUGUCAUGGGCCCCUGUACCGCCUCCUCAUGCUGCUGCCAGGUCCAGUGUGUCAUGGGUCCCUGUACGGCCUCCCAUUGCUGCUGUCUCUAUCGCCACACUCUGCCAUGUGCCACUUUCAGGUCUCCUCACACUGCUGGUGGUUUCCAUUUUUGUCAUAGGGUGCUGUAUGGCCUCCCAUUGCUGCUGCCUGCCUCCACCGCCACACUGUGGCUCCACACUCUGGUUUUGGCCCCGUGACUGCCCAAAUGAGUGAAGUGUGCGGUGAUUCUAAGAUCGACGGCACUCAUCUGCAUGUCAUACUGACUGACAGUAUUAUUUCUCUUCCCCAGCAGACUCCAAGGGCAUUUAAAUUAAAGGUACAGUGUUCUGCACUAAUAUUA